AAUAAAAAGAUAAAGAUAUUAAAAUAUAUAAUAAUGAACUUAUGUUAAAUAUGAUAUUUUCUAGGAAUGGUCCAAACUAAAAAAAUCAUACAUGAAAAGAAGUCAUGACUUGAAGUCAUGACUUCUGUUUUAAUAUAUAAGAAGUUAAUUAACUAUUUUUGUUUUUUUUUAAACACAAUUUGCAGCUUUGAAAAAAUUCCCGAUUUUGUGGGUUCAACGGAAAAACAUGAUUUUCCAACUUUGUGAAAAAUGCGAUUUCAUGUAAUUUUUUUGGUUUUGGCGCAAAAUACAAUUUUAUAAUUUUGUCGGUGAACACGAUUUUGUGGUUUUAGCGGGUAAAACAAAUACGGUUUUAGCGGGAAAACAUGAUACUGCGGUUUUGGAGAGAAAACAUGACUUUGCGGAAACACAAUUUUGCGGUUUUGCUGAAAACUCAAUUUUGUGGUUUUGGCAGAAAUGAAGUGGGGAGUCCAGAUCAAUCCAUCGAAAAAGUGGUUGUGAGCCAUUGGCGAACUAUCAACGCAUCUAAGGCUGCAUUAAUUGUGAAUGCGGUUUGGCGGGAAAACUCAAUUAUGUGUUUUUGGUGGGAAACUUCAAUUUUACGGUUUUGAUGGGAAAACUUGAUUUGCGGUUUUGGUGGAAAAACUCGAUUUUUAAAUUUUUUGGGUUAAAACAUGAUUUUGUAGUUUUGGGGAAAAUUGUAAUUUUCGAUUUUGGCAUAAAAAUUCGAUUUUUUGAUUUUGUGGGAAAACGUGAUUUUGCAGUUAUAGCGGGAAAGUUUGAUUUGCGAUUUUGGCUGAAAAACUUUAUUUACAGUUUUGACAUAAAAACUCGAUUUGCGAUUUUGGCGUGAAAUUCUUAUUUUAUGAUUUUAGCGGAAAUUAAUUUUAUGGUUGACGGAAUAAUUAGAUUUUGUGGUUAAAAGAAAACUGAAAUCUCCUUUUCCAUAAUCAAUCUUUAUAUAUUUUUAUAUUUUCUUAAUAAUAAAAUUUUAUUCCAAAUAAACUUACAUUAAAUAUAAAUAUUAAAAACAUAAAAAUCAUAUAUCACUUUAAAUGGGUCUAAACGAGUUUAAAUGGGAUAAUUUAAUAUUUGCGUGUCUAAAUGAGUAACCCUAAUACUAAUACGUACAUCUUAGAACUAUAUGGAUCUAAACAAGUUCAGGACUUAAUUGGGGUGGGUUCUAUAUGAAAUGGAUUUAAGUGAGGAAGGUUUAUCCAUUUUAACAUCCCUAGAAGUACCUUUAUUUUCAUUUUUUUGGCCAGGGAAGUACAUUUAUUUAUUUAAACUCGUACUUUUUUCAAAGAAAGAAAGAAAUGCUCACACUUUUUCAAAUUAAAUACUAAAUAUAUGCAUGCUCAUUACGUAGAAAUUUCGCUUAUUUAAACCUCCCCUUUACAUUUGAUUCUUGAAAACAGUUAAGAUAAUAUUUUCAGACACGGCAAACCAAACACAUAGAAAGAAGCUUCAUUGAUGACGGAAACUGGUGAUCUUACUUCAGUUCCGGCCAGCGUGGUCACGCAGAUCCCAUUUCUUGUUAUCUUCAACGAGUUAACACGUGUGUUCAGUAAGGAUGCAAUUGGGCGAGAGAUACUAGGCAUAGCGUUUCCUGCGGCUUUAGCUUUAGCUGCUGAUCCAAUAGCCUCUCUGAUUGACACCGCUUAUAUCGGACGUUUAGGAGCGGUCGAGCUAGCAGCGGUUGGAGUAUCCAUUGCUAUAUUCAAUCAAGCUUCUAGAAUCACGAUAUUCCCAAUUGUGAGCGUCACAACUUCCUUUGUCGCUGAGGAAAACACGAUGGAGAAGAUAAAAGAAGAGGAAGAAGAAGCAAAGAAAAACAAUCGUGUUCAUGCAAAUACUUUAGCUGUUCAAGAUUCAUUAGAAAAAGGCAUUGCGUCGCCCACAAGUAACAACAUGAACCAGCCGCAGCAAACGCCCGCUUCAGAUACAAAAUCAAGCAGCGGAAACAAAGCAAAUAAGAAAGGAAAGAAGAAUAUCAAAUCGGCAUCAACGGCCAUGAUCAUAGGGCUAAUCCUGGGCCUUGUGCAAGCUAUAUUCUUGAUUUUCAGCUCGAAAGUGCUCCUAGGUGUCAUGGGAGUGAAACCGAAUUCGGCAGUGUUAUCACCAGCACACAAGUACUUGACCAUACGAUCAUUAGGUGCUCCUGCAUUGCUAUUAUCCCUUUCAAUGCAAGGCAUAUUUCGUGGCUUCAAGGACACCAAAACUCCUCUCUAUGCUACUAUCGUAGCAGAUGUUAUCAAUAUCAUUCUCGACCCAAUUUUCAUAUUUGUCCUUCACCUUGGCAUCAGCGGUGCAGCCAUUGCCCAUGUCAUUUCUCAGUACUUCAUGACUCUAAUACUAUUCACCCGCCUGGCGAGUAAAGUUAAUUUGAUGCCACCAAACUUCGCAGCUUUACAGUUCGGAAAGUUCCUUAAAAAUGGGGGGCUAUUGCUGGCGAGGACCAUAGCUGUGACGUUUUGUCAGACACUAGCAGCAGCAAUGGCGGCUCGGCUCGGAGCAACACCAAUGGCUGCUUUUCAGAUUUGUUUACAAGUCUGGUUAACUACUUCUCUCCUCGCUGAUGGUCUUGCUGUUGCCGGUCAGGCGAUUCUGGCUUGUUCUUUUACCGAGAAAGACUACAACAAAGUGUCUUCGUGUGCAUCCCGUGUUCUACAGAUGGGGUUUGUGCUAGGACUUGGACUGUCCGUUUUCGUUGGACUAGGACUAUACUUUGGUGCGGGAAUAUUCACCAAGGACCCUGCCGUUAUUCACCUCAUAGCAAUUGGAAUACCGUUUGUAGCAGCAACACAGCCAAUAAACUCACUCGCUUUUGUGUUGGACGGAGUCAAUUUUGGAGCAUCUGAUUUUGCUUAUACUGCAUACUCCAUGGUAGGAGUUGCGGCCAUAAGCAUUGCAGCAAUAAUAUACAUGGCAAAGUUCAAUGGUUUUCUAGGCAUAUGGAUAGCUCUUACCAUCUAUAUGGGCCUCCGAGCUAUUACUGGAAUUGCCAGGAUAGCAACUGGAACUGGACCGUGGAAAUUCUUGCGUGGUCGAUCCCCUUCAUCUUCCUAGGACUUAGUUUAUACUGAGAUGCAUCUUCUUCUGCAUUUCUUCGUUUUUGUUGUAUAUUUCUUGUGUUCUUUUCACAUUUUGCACGAAAGGGCUCUCUAUCUUGUUUAGCUUAAAGAGUUCCAGAUAAAUAAUUUGAUCAGGCGAUGAUUAUAUGGAAACCUAGAUGGCUAGACAUUUUCUUUGUGGAAACGUCUGGUUAGGCUAGGUGCUUCAAAGAAGUCUGUAACUCACAUCUAUGCGCUAUGUCCAUAAUAAUACUACUUUUUUUGCAAACUCA